AUGGGUGCUCGGGGGUCGGUCGCCGCGCUCGGCGCCUCGGCGUGGCUCAGGUCGGCUCGGCGCGGCUCCCGACUGGCGCGGCCCGCCCGCGCCUCCGCCGGGCGCUGGCCCCGAGCCCGCGGCGCCACUCCCCGCGUGACCAGGCCGGCGGCCGCGAUAGGCGCGGGCCGGCCGGCCGGGGCGGGGUCUCCCCGCCGCCGCCCCUGGGCCCGGAGGCUUUCCCCGGGUUCCCCCGGCCGGCGGGCGAGCUGCGGCCCGGAGAGCUCCGAGGUUGCCGACGCUGCGCCCCGAACCGGCGGUGUGGAGCGUUCGCCGCCGCCUCCGGAGCGGCCGCGGGGCCCAGGCAGUGGUGGGAAGGGCCGAGGCUCUCGGGGCUUCUGUUCCGUCACCGCGGACGCGUCCCCCUCCCUCCCAGACCGGCGCGACCGACGAAACGCCUCGCACCUGCCCUCAGUCCUCCUCUGCUCCCCGGCCCCAGGCAGAGGGUGCGGGCUGGGGGAGGCCGUGAGAAAUCCAGUGGCAUUGGAAGCAGAGACUAAGAAGGACAAAAGGAGAAAUAAAAUGAUGGGAAGAGACGUGGAGAGAAAGAUGCAGCACAGGAAGAAAAUCUAUCGGAAGACCGAGAUCGGUACAGCUACAGGGAAUAAAGAGGCCAAGAUACAUCCCCUUUGACUCAGGAAAACAGAGAUACAGAUCCAGAGAUUGGAAUUCACAAGUAAACAAAAGGAAGAGGCUGUACGACACAGAGACAGGUAAAAGGAGGCGUACAAAGAGAAAGUGAUAGCCCUUUAUGGAACAUCAUUUCCUUUUACACUGGCACCAUCAAAAGCCACACUACACUGAAGAUAUAUGGCACAGAUAAGGAGGCACCCUGUUCUUAGGACAGAACGUGGCCAAGAGGAAAUUAACUGCCUUCCUCUUCUUC